AUGCCUUCCCUCCUCUCCUCCGUCAACGACUACCUCGCCGACCCGGCUCACCAGCUGAGUCUGGCCUCCAUCUGUGGGAUCGUCUUCAUCCUCGCCUGGUUUCUCGUCUUCUUCACUGAGUUCUCGGCUCUGAAGAAAGCUUACGGUGGGCUCUACCAGCUUGGUACCUUCGCCUACACCUGCUUCUUGAAGCCUCACACUGGAGAUGGCACUGGAAACCAGCAAGAUGCUCUCGAGAGCUUCUACAAGUCCCAAGCCAACAUCUACGAUGCUACUCGCACGCGCCUGCUCCAGGGAAGAGAAGAUAUGUUGGCUCUUGUAGCCGCUCAGGUCAAAUACAGACGCGAGACUGGCCAGAUCUCCCAGAAGCCAAUCUGGGUGGAUGUUGGAGGUGGUACAGGCUGGAACAUCGAACAGAUGGGCCAGUACAUGGAUGUGCCUUCGUUCUUCCACGCCAUCUACUUGGUCGACUUGAGCUCUUCUCUCUGUGAAGUCGCCCGUAAGCGAUUUGAGCGAUUGGGCUGGAAGAACGUUUAUGUCAUCUGUGAGGAUGCCCGGACUUUCCGUCUCGCAGACUACGAAGCUGGCGUUGAAGAGGACAGGCGCGACUUCAGCAUUGGACGUUCUGCAUAUGAGGAGGAUGCACGUGACAGUGUUGGCGCAGACGUCCUCACCAUGUCCUACAGUCUGAGCAUGAUUCCUGAGUUCCAUCCGGCCAUCGACAGUGUUGCCAACCUCCUAGCUCCCAAUGGAAUCGUUGGUGUUGUCGACUUCUACGUUCAGAACCAGAUAGAGUUUGCUGGCCGUAACUAUACUGGUGGCAGCAUCAACAGGCACUGCAUGUGGAUCAGCCGCGUGUUCUGGAGGACUUGGUUCGAACUCGACCGAGUCAACCUGGAGUCGGCGAGACGCGACUACAUCGAGUACAAGUUUGGUACCAUUCUUAGCACCAACCGCAGGUGCCAUCUCAUGGGUUUCCGCAUUCCAUACUACAUCUUUGUGGGCUGCACCAGAACCACGAUCAACCCUAUGCGCCAGUUGGCUGCUGUGGACGCUGCUGUGACGGAGAGCCCGUUCAUCAAGGCACUUGACAUCCACGCUCAGAAUCUGACUCCUCGCCGAGCUCGCAGGAGCUCCAGCGCCGAGAGGCGAAGCAAGGCGUACGAUACCGCAGUGGUCAACUUGGCAGCUAGCUUGCCUCUCCCAGCUGCCUACUACCAGAACAACAAGAACCGCAUCUACUACGACGACACCCUUCAAAAGCACCGCCAAUUCAACGAUGAGUACAUCUACGCUUUCACCUGGGAAGACUCUCGCAUGGAUUCUCGCCUCCUGAAGAUUGGCUCCGACGACGUUAUCCUCGCAAUCACCAGCGCUGGCGACAACAUUCUCAGCUACGCUCUGGAGCGUCCGAAGCGAAUCCACGCCGUUGAUCUCAACCCGGCACAGAACCAUCUUCUCGAACUGAAGGUUGCCGCUUUCCGUGGCCUGGGAUAUGCAGACCUCUGGAAGCUGUUUGGAGACGGCAAGCACGAGGACUUCCACGGCUUACUCGUCAACAAGCUCUCUCCUCAUCUCUCUUCGCAAGCUUUCGACUACUGGCUCCACGUCGGCCCAAGCACUUUCAGCCCUAGCGGCAAAGGUCUCUACGCUACUGGUGGCAGCAGACAUGCCCUGCAACUCGUUUCCUGGCUCGGAAGCCUCCUCGGCAUCCGCAACGAUAUGAAGCGUCUCUCCGAAGCGCAGACUCUCGCGGAGCAGCGGGAGAUCUGGACGAAGCGAGUACGAAAGGUAUUGCUUUCUCAACUUCUAGCUUACUUCGUUGUUGGCUCCGAGCGAUUCUUGUGGAAAGCGCUUGGUGUGCCCGGAGAGCAGAGAGCGAUGAUCGAGGAGGACUUCAAGCUUCGUCUGGAACGAGGUGCGAAAUCUGACCCGACCGUUACGGGUGAGAAGAGCGGUUCCGGCGAUGCUGGUGAGGUUGGAGCCUUGAAGAGCGGACAGGCAAUCUGGACCUACGGCGUGGAGACGCUGGAUCCUGUUGCUCGAGAGACGCUUUUGAGCGAGGACAACCACUAUUACCUGCUGUGUCUACUUGGUAAGAACGAAUUCUCGAUGCUUCAAAUCCCAUUGACUUACUGACAUUUUUUGUUUGCAGGCCACUACACCCAACGCUGCCACCCAGCCUACCUCACCCCGAAAGCCCACCUAAAACUCUCUCCCUCCACCCCAGCCAACAACAACGAAUCGCCCCUCGAUAACCUCCGCAUCCACACCGACGAGCUCUCCGAAGUCUUCGCACGCAUGCAACCCGAAGCCCUCACCAUCGCCGUCCUGAUGGACUCGAUGGACUGGUUCACACCCGGCGGUCCCGAAGCUCCAGCACAAUGCAAAGCUGUCAACCGAGCUCUCAAGCUCGGAGGAAGAGUCCUGAUAAGAAGUGCGGGCUUGAACCCGUGGUACAUGAAGGUCUUUGAGGAGAUGGGAUUCAGCCCCAAGAGAGUCGCGGCUAGGAUUCCGCCAGGCACCUGCACGGAUCGGGUGAAUAUGUAUGCUUCUACCUGGAUUUGUACGAAGGUGCAGAGUUUGCCGUUGGAGGAGUAG